GGCAGAUUCGCAGUGACGUUGUACUUGUUAAUCAGUCGGGGCGAAUCGGCCCGAUCCAAAUUAGGGCGUGUCAAUGGCGAUCCGGAAGCUCCUCGCGCUCUCUCGCCGUCCUCUCCUCCUGUCCGGCCGAUCUGCAUCCACUGCCGCGGCUCUCGCUUCCCACGAUGCUGCCGAGCUCUCCUCCUCGCCGGCUAGACCCCCCGUGAUGUCCUACGAUCGCAUCGCACAAGCCGUUAGAUCCAAGAUCCAGCGCGUCGACGAUCCCGACCCCCGCUUCCUCCGUUACGCCUCGCCACACCCUGCUCUCGCCGAUCACACAUCCAUCCUCGCUGUCCCGGAGACCCGCGUCACCACACUCCCCAACGGCCUCCGGAUCGCCACGGAGUCCACACUCGCCGCUCGUACCGCUACCGUCGGGGUGUGGAUCGAUGCUGGAAGCCGAUUUGAGACGGAGGACACGAACGGAACUGCCCAUUUCCUGGAGCAUAUGAUCUUCAAGGGCACCGAGUCUCGGACGGUGCGGCAGCUGGAGGAGGAGAUUGAGAACAUGGGCGGGCAUCUGAAUGCUUACACUACUAGGGAGCAGACAACCUAUUAUGCGAAGGUGUUGGAUACGGAUGUACCCAAGGCGCUUGAAAUCCUUGCGGACAUACUGCAGAAUUCACGCUUUCAUGAGAAACAAAUUGAGAGGGAGCGGAAUGUUAUUCUCAGAGAGAUGGAAGAGGUGGAGGGACAAACUGAAGAAGUUAUUUUUGACCAUUUGCAUGCGACUGCCUUCCAAUACACUUCACUGGGAAGAACAAUCCUUGGACCUGUCAAAAACAUUAAGACAAUUACUAAAGAGCACCUUAAGAACUACAUCUCAUCUCAUUACACUGGCCCAAGAAUGGUUAUCUCAGCUGCUGGUGCUAUUAAGCACGAGGAUAUAGUUGAGCAGGUCAAAAAGUUGUUCAUGAAACUGUCAAGUAAUCCUACCACAGCGGCCCAGUUGAUUGAGAAGGAACCAGCUAUCUUCACUGGCUCUGAGGUUAGGAUAAUAGAUGAUGAUAUUCCACUUGCAAAAUUUGCGGUUGCAUUUAACGGGGCAUCUUGGACAGAUCCAGACUCCAUUGCUUUAAUGGUUAUGCAAUCUAUGUUAGGUUCUUGGAAUAAGAAUACUUGUGGUGGAAAGCACAUGGGUUCAGAGUUGGCCCAAAGGAUUGCUAUCAAUGAUAUUGCUGAAAGCAUGAUGGCUUUUAAUACAAACUACAAAGAUACUGGUCUCUUUGGCGUUUAUGCUGUUGCUAAGCCUGAUUGUUUGGACGAUUUGGCCUAUGCAAUUAUGUAUGAGAUUAGCAAGCUCUCCUAUAGGGUUUCAGAAGCUGAUGUUACUCGUGCUCGCAAUCAGUUAAAAUCUUCUCUUCAACUUCACAUCGAUGGUACCAGCUCUGUUGCUGAGGACAUCGGCCGACAGUUGCUCACAUAUGGUCGAAGAAUUCCAGUUACUGAGCUUUUUGCAAGGAUAGAUGCUGUUGAUGCAAGCACCAUUAAACGCGUGGCGAAUCGCUUUAUUUUUGAUCAGGACGUCGCAAUUGCAGCCAUGGGACCGAUCCAAGGCCUCCCAGAUUAUAACUGGAAAAAAAACAUACCAUUUGGACAAUAAUCCGUGUGGCAAAAAGUGAUCAUGCUUGCGCACCAUGGCCUGCUCCAAGGCAUGUGGAAGGAUGAUAAAUCAAGCAACUUCCUAAAUAGGAGGAAUUUAUUUCCUGAGGGAAUGACUCUAGGGGAUUCGAAGCUUGUUUCUGUGCGGUAAUUCUAUCAUUCGAGUAACAACUCAGCUAUACGUGACAGCGUUUGGACAAUAAUCUGGUGCCUUGCUAUUGUAUGUGUUCUUUUUCCCCCUCUGAAAUGGAUGUAACAUCUAGAUCAAGCUAUUAAGAAAAUUAUCUUCCCGAUUUUGGCGAUUAAUUUGCUA